CCGACCUAAAACGGAAGCAUAAGCAUUCCCCAAUCGUACUGUGCAAUCUUCUUCCCACCAAUUCAUUUCUAUUCAAAUCCCCCAUUUUCUUCUUCUCCGUCACUCCUCUCUGUGCAAUCACAUACAUCAACACGGGGAGGGAGAGGGAGGGAGGGAGAAUAGAAGCAAAAUAUUGAAGAAAAAUGCCGAUAGAAAUGCCCAAGGGGCUGCAAUUUUCGGUGGACACGUGGACACCAUUUUCAAGGAGGAAGAGGCACCAUUUCCUUACUCAUGCCCACAAAGACCACUCACAGGGGAUUAUUACGUACGCCUCUUACCCAGUCUACUCCACCAGCCUGACCAAAACUCUGCUUCUCCAAAAUUACCCCCAGCUUGAUGAGUCAUUGUUUGUGGAUAUUGAGGUUGGGCAAUCUUUGAUUGUCAAGGAUCCCGAUUGCGAUUUCACAGUAACAGCGUUUGAUGCCAAUCACUGCCCGGGAGCUGUCAUGUUCUUGUUUGAGGGAAAUUUCGGUAACAUUUUACAUACAGGAGAUUGCAGGCUGACCCCUGAGUGUUUGCAAAGCUUGCCAGAGAAGUAUAUUGGCAAGAAAGGGAAAGAACCCAAGCGUCGACUUGAUUAUGUCUUCUUGGAUUGCACAUUCGGUCAAUUUUCUAAGAAAAUGCCCAGCAGGCACAUGGCAAUCCAACAGCAGAUUAUCAAUUGCAUAUGGAAACACCCCAAUGCCCCUACAGUGUAUUUGCAUUGUGAUCUUCUCGGUCAAGAAGAGAUACUUGUGGAAGUGUCUCAAAGAUUUGGUUGCAAGAUAUUUGUUGAUAAAGCAAAACAUCCAGAAUGCUUUAAUGCUCUGGAACUUACAGCUCCAGAAAUCCUAUCACAAGAUUCGUGCUCCCGUUUUCAGUUAGAUGGAUUCCCCAAACUAUAUGAAAAGGCUGAGGCAAAAAUUGCCGAGGCUCGUGCUAAUUAUCAGCAGGAACCUCUUAUAAUACGCCCUUCUGCACAGUGGUAUGCAUGUGAUGAAGGUUUUUCACAGACUGAAAAGCGGAGAAUAGAAAGACCCGAUCAAGCUGUCAGGGAUCUUUAUGGUGUUUGGCAUGUAUGUUACUCAAUACAUUCGUCCAGAGAAGAAUUAGAGUGGGCUCUGCAACUUCUUGCACCCAAAUGGGUCGUGUCAACAACACCUAGUUGUAGGGCUAUGGAGCUGAAUUAUGUUAAGAGACACUGCUUCAAAAACCAAGGAGCUUCUGAUGACUCUCUCUGGAAACUUCUGGAUAUCGGUGUAGUAGCAUCAUCAGUGGCUCCAGACGUAUCAAACAAAAGCUUGAGUGGUUUGUCUGGGAUUGAAAAAACUUUCGAGAGCUAUGUAGAACCUCUAUCUGAACCGAUUGUCAUAUCUACUAGUCAGAGAAAACGAUUGAGCGCGUCUCCUCCAAGUAAAAGACCUGUUACAUUAUUUGGAAAAGCAAGGCUUGGGCUCCAAUAUCCUGUUCUCGACCGAGAAGAAGAGGAAAUAGUGUCCACGAGUAGUGAUCACGCAGAUAGAGUUUCCACUGAAUCAGUAAAUGCAUCAUUUCAACAGGACGAAGUCAUUGAGAUGAAUAGUGUCAAGUCAUUGGACAGAGAGAGUUCUGUAGACUUAAAGGAAACAAAAUGUGAGUCAACGGAGAUUAAGAAAUGUGCUAAUGUUUCACUCAUUGGAUCAUCAAAGAGCUAUAAUGCGAACUUGAGAAAGUUUUACCGGUCUAUGAAUGUGCCAGUACCUCGGCCUCUCCCCUCCCUCGUGGAGCUUAUGAAGCUCAACAAACGUGCCAAGAGGAGUAUAUGAACUCUUUCUUUCUUGUUGCAACAUUCGUCUGUUAUACUCCAUACAGCCAUAUUUAGAAGCCAUAAAGUGAGCGAAUGAUUUUGGAGCUGGCCAUUGUACACUGUGAUUCUGAUGAUGGCGAUAUACUUUGAUCAAUUUCUUGUAGAUCGUCCGUUGUUUUUUCUUGUUAAGUGCACAGUGAAGAGAAGCAAUUCAAUGCCAUUCUUUCAACGUGAUUUUUCAUUUUGAUUAUUGUUUAUUGUAAAUUUUAAACCGUGGCAGCAUUUUUAGCUGCCAGUAUUAUGUACAUUUGGGAUUGUCUUGAUUCUCGUCUGGUAGAAAUUAAUGAGUUUCUUCU